AUGGGGGGUCCGGGACCCCCCCAGACCCCCAUCAUUUCGAACCCUGGUAGUGACGUGGGACUCAUUCAGCUGGAAGACGUGCUCUCCACUGACAUGUUUAGCACACUCCUUUAUCUGUCGCUUCUUUUACACUCAGGUCUCACUGUGGUAGUUCUUCAGUCUGGAGAUCAAGUGUCCCUCCCAGGAUUGACAGUGAACUUUGAGUGCAGCAUGGGUCCAGGGUUCAGCAUGGGCAGCUACACCAUGCUCUGGUAUCGACAAAACCAGCACGGAGCACUGCUGGAGUUCCUCACCAAAGAGUACGACCAAACUGAGGGACGCUUCCAGCCGUCUCUGGAAACAUCCAAGAACAACUUCUCUCUACAGAUUACUGGGCUGCUCCUGAAUGACAGCAGCACUUACUACUGUGCUGCCAGUCACAGUGAUGCACACAGACCACACAGUCAUACAAAUAACUGUCACAGGUCUCUGUGCUCCUACAACGAGGCUUUCUUUGGAGCUGGAACUAAACUCACUGUUUUAGAACCAAACCUUGAAAUCACCGAACCAACAGUGAAAGUGCUUCCACCUUCAGAAAAGGAGUGUCAAAAGCAGAAAGACGAUUCGAGGAAGAAGACCAUCGUUUGUGUGGCCAGUGGAUUCUACCCAGACCAUGUCAGUGUUGAAUGGAAGGUCAACGGGAUUAAUGAAACCAACGGUGUGGCGACUGAUAACGAUGCCCUGCGGGAAGGCAACAAGUUUUACAGAAUCACCAGCAGGCUGAGUGUCUCUGUAGAAGACUGGUUCACACCCGGCAAAAGUUUCACCUGCAUCGUCAAGUUCUUCGAUGGAACAGCAACAACCAGUCAUGAAGAUACAGUUGUGGGUGUUCAAGGUAAAGGUGAAAACGUCAUGACAAGAGAGUAUUAUCUGAAGAUCUCACAGACGGCCAAACUCUCCUACGCUCUUCUAAUCGUCAAGAGCAGCCUCUAUGGAGCCUUUGUGGCCUUUCUGGUGUGGAAGCUUCAGAGAUCAGCCCGGAAAACGGAACAACUGAGAGCUGAGGUCUGAGCCAACCUUAGUUUCUGUAAAUAACAUUUGUAGAACAUAUUAUAUGGUUAUAUUUCCACAACUGUGUACGUCACAACAUAUUUGCAUUCAUAUAUAAAUAAGCCAACCAAAUUCUGCUACCAAUAGAGGAGCAUAUUCUCGUUACUUUUUAACGCCAAAACUGGCAUGGAAGUAAGUUUGGUGUAGAUCAUUUUAUAAUCUCUUGUAUGUUUGUGGUCGUGAACUAUUUGAUGCUUCAUUUUCUACUCAAUAAAAGUAUGUCAGAGGA